UAAUCAACAUGAUAGAACUAAGACAGAAUACAUGUAUAUUGACGAGUACAGGACGAAGACAGAAGAAGCGGUUAGUUGAGCCGUGGGUAUUUGCUAUAAUCACUAAGAUUCAUAUAUCGAUACUGGAAGUCGAGGCUAAGAGGCCGCUCAUCAAGACACCAUCACGUCACUGUGGAUAACACUCUCACUCGCCAGUAUAUACAUCACCAUUUAACUUCCGUAUAUAUCACGUGAUGAGAAUACCAGUCACAGGAACCAAUCAUUAAUUUUUUAUAUAUACAUGUAUAUAUGUAGCCUACUGUUGUUAGCACGUGUGUGGGGAAUAACUCUCCCGAUAUUCAAUGACUGAUUCGAGGACGCGUAUUGAUGGAAGUACAAAAUGCUUGAUAGAAGAAAGACCUAAUCUCGUCUUUAGGCUCUGAGUAGAAAUGCCAGACUUCUAAUGUAACCAGUUGUUUGCCUAUUGAGAAGACACCGUGAGUUGUAGUAUAUAACUAACAACAAUGUUGACCACGACAACAACAAUUCUGUCGCUGUUAUUGACUUAUCUAAGAUUUAUCGAUGGAAAGGAGAAUCUUAAGAGAGAACAAGUCAGCCACCUAUUGGACCAGCUAUUACUUAACUAUAACAAGCAUGUGAGACCUGGUGGAGGAGCCGAUCCUUUGAGAAUUUCUACAGACUUUGCUAUAAGAAGUAUGGGUCCUAUCAGUGAAAGUGACAUGGCGUACUCCAUGCAAAUUUACCUUCGACAAAGAUGGUACGACGAUCGACUCACUUUUCAGAUUGACAAUUUCACGGAGUUCACUCUGAGUAACAAAGUUUUGAAGUCCAUAUGGAAGCCCGAUACGUAUUUUGUAAAUGGUAAAAAUAGCAAGGCUCACAAUAUAACAGUUCCCAAUGCUUUUGUUAGAAUUCGUCAUGACGGGAGACUGUACAUGUCUAGAAGAUUAACUGUCCGGGCCAGGUGUCCAUUGAAACUGUCCAGAUUUCCCAUGGAUAAAGCAGAUUGUCCGUUGAUUAUUGCAAGUUAUGCCUAUACCACAGAUGAGAUCAUAUAUUAUUGGAAUCCAAAUGCCCCUAAUGUUGACAUGCCGAAAGGAUUGACGAUGGCUACGUAUGAAGUUGGUUGGGUUGACAGUGCCAAUACCACCUAUCAGACCACUCAUGGUCCCCAGUCUGUUUUAGAGGUCCACAUACACUUACACCGGAACUUGGGAUUCUUUAUCCUCCAGACUUUUUUACCCUGUUAUCUAAUAGUCAGUUUAUCCUGGAUUUCAUUCUGGAUCAAUCGAGACGCAGCUCCUGCCAGAGUUUUAUUAGGUGUGACCACCAUAUUGAGUACAGCCCAGAUAGGAAUGACAGUAAGGGAAGGUCUGCCAAGGGUACCAUACGCCACGGCUAUAGACGUGUUUCUUAACGUGUGCCUUGUGUAUGAUAUGGCGGCUCUCAUCCAAUAUGCUGCUGUCAACUAUUUUACUAAAGUCAUGCCAAUAGAAGGUGGUGACGAGGAGGAGGACGAGUUGACUGGGUUUCCACCGCCAAGGAAAAUCAUCAUCUCUGAGCAAGAACAUGAACGAGAGCGUGAAACAUUAAUUUUGAACAAUGCCCAUGUUGUGGAUCUAGAACACCAAGGUUACAAGAAGAUUGGGUGUUAUCAAAUGUUGUGGCGAUGCUUGACUGGUAAUUCUGAGUUCCGGUUGCAUCGUGGUAAUAGUGUAAAGCCAGGAGUGGGUAACUCUGUCAGUGACAUUGACUUAAUGGCGCGAAUUAUUUUUCCGUCGACUUUUAUUCUUUUCAAUGUGUGUUAUUGGACAUUGUAUCUUCAUAUUCCACAGAGUUGACGACCUCAUAUUAUUGAUGUUGGUGUUAUCUUGUUGCUGUUAAAUCAAUAGUUUAGAUACACGCAGUGGUCUAAGUGCUACGAGAAUGCAUGGUAAUGACGUUUCCCUUUUUGAGAGGGGGAUUCCCGUUCCCUCUCUGUUUCAAGGAAAUCUAGACUUACAUUCUUUAGUAUUGCAUUUGAAAUUUCCACCAACUUCCAGCAGAAAUAUGGAAAAAAAACUCAUUAAAUGUGUUAAGUUUUGUGGUUUAGGUGUAUUCCCACAUUACAAAAUUAUAAAAACUCUCCAAUGUAGAUUUUUGCCCAAAAGUGCCCCACCAUACCAGUAACAUUUCAAAAUCCGUUCCCCAAAUUCACUGGAUAUACGCAUGGUACUAGGAAUCUCCACGAUGUCGAUUUACAUUUAUACACUGCGUCCAUGUUUGUAUGGUAUCUACGAUGGAUAGCUUAGCCUCGUUUGUUAGUGUUGAAUUAUCGUAGUUCAGGACAAAUCGGUGUUUAAAGAUUCUUUCCUUCUUUGGGGUUUAAACACCGAUCAACGCAUAUACACACCGAAAGAGCAGUGUUAAAAAUAUAUCCCCACCCAGUUGGAAACAUGAACUAUCAAUUUAGAUCAUAGAACAGUAAAACAAAUAAUUAUAAUUGUUGAAAUUAUUAAAGCUAUUGUUAAAUAUUCUGCUUUCGUUUUUAAAACACGAAGUGAAAUGGGGUUUAACUUUUUACUUGUCUGCACCGACUGGGAUAAUGAAGAUAGACAUACGCCAUACAGUGUGUUAUGGGGGAAAUUAGGACCGGAACACGUCACUAUAAGGCCUACGCUUUAUUCGGAUUCCAACUGUUAAGGGUUCUUUUACAUGCACGUCAAUGUAGACCAAAUUAAACCAAUAUAGGGAUUUGAUGUUUUGGUGGUUACAGUGACACCUACAUGCACCAACAUUAAUGCUUGAUUAAUCUGAAUGUAUUGAAAUAAACUUGCUUUGUGUACAUGUAUAAUAAUAAUAAUAAUAAUAUGGUCUAUCCGUUUGUUUACCUUUAAAGUAAUAUGGUCUAUCCGUUUGUUACGACAUUAAAUGUCACACGUCUACCCCCGUUUCCCUGUUUGCACGGCAUUAAAUGUAUAUUUAAAAUAAAUAAAAGCUUAA